AUGUCUAACAAAAACGAUUUCAACGAUUGCGAACUUAGUGAAGAGUAGAAGAAAAUAGUCUAUUCAGAUAUUAAUCAAAACUAAAAAAUUGAAGCUUGUGCAGGUUCUGGUAAGACAACUACUCUCAUUUAUAGGGUUAAAUAUUUGAUCAAUAACAAAAUAAAGCCAUAAAAAAUAAUAUUAACCACUUUCAAUAUAGAAGCAGCUAAAAAUUUAAAUAAAAAAGCCAAAUAGGUUCUAGAAACUAAAGAUUAAACAAAUUUGAAAAUAGUUAAUAUUGAUAAAUUCAUUUAUGAAAUAUAUGAAUCAAAUCUAAAAAUAAAUGAUCCCCUUUAAAAAAAAUACAUAAAGCAAAGCUUAACAUAUAUUAGUAGCUUAGUCUUAAAAUAUUUAUCUUCUGAUUAAGGAAGAAAAAUUUUGAAUUAAUAUAGUCAUUUCUUUUUUGAUGAAUUUUAAGAUAUAAAUGAUAUAUAAUAUAAUAUUCUAAUGUAAUUUUGCAAGAAUAAUUGCAAAAUAAUAGCAAUAGGGGAUGAAGCUUAGAAUAUUUAUAGCUUUAGAAACUCAAGAUUAGAGUUUAUUUAGAAAAAAAUAGAUGAUGAUGUAGAGAAAUACUAAAAUUAAAAAAUACAUAUCUACAACCUUUCAAUAAAUUUUAGAAGUUAAAGUAAGAUAAUAGAGUUCUGUAACUAAAUCCUAAUUAAUAUCAAAAAAUCUCAUCAAAUGUAAAGUGCAAAAUAGAGUUAUUAAGAAGAAGAAAAACCUAUAGUAAAAAUAUAUUAAAGCAAAUAAGAGUAGUAUGAAACUAUUAUAGAAGAAAUAUAUGAUUUAGUUUAAAAACAUAAAUACUAACUGAGUGAUAUAGCUAUUUUAAGUCCAAGAAAUGAAGAAAUAAAACAUAUUUAAGCUAUUUUAGAGAGAAAAAAUUAUGAAGUAAGAAAAAAUAGUUAAAAUUAAACCAUUAUUCAAUAAGAACAAUAAUAAGAGGAAAUUCCAUAUAGAAUACUUUAAAAAAAUUCUAACUUAUUACUACUUAACUAUUCAAAGACAUUUGAUGAUGAUGAUAUUAUUGCUAAAUUAACAUUAAGUACAUUUCAUUCUUCUAAGGGUCUGGAGUGGAAAGUAGUUUAUAUAGUAGGAAUAAAUGAUAAACACUUUCCAAGAGCAUUCUUAGCGUAAUCAAAUUAAGAAAAUACUAAAGAAAAAUUAAUUGAAAUUCUGAGAACUUUUUAUGUAGCUUGUACGAGGUCCAUAGAUUUAUUGAAUCUUUCAUUUGUAAAAGAUGAUAAUAAAGUUGAAUUUAUUUGUAGAUUUAUGAGUUAAAUAAACGAAAAAUAUUUUUAAAAGGAUGAAUAUUUCAAAAAGAAAAAUAUUGCUAAGAUGAAUUUGCAAAGCUAUAAUUAACAGUUAAUUAAAUAAGGUGAAAAUGAAUUUUAAUAAAAUUUAAGUAAAACUAAUCAUAAAGAGAGUUCUUUAUUUUAAAUCAUAUCCAAUUUCUCAUUUAAUGACUUUGAGAAGAUUAAUUAAUAUCUUCAAGAUUUAGAAUAACUUGAACUAAAUAUAAAUUAAACGAAAAAAAAAGUAACUUACUCUUUAAAAGAUUUAAAACCAAACAAUAAUUGCUAGAGUCUUUUAUCUUAUCUUGAUUUAUUAUUACAAAGAACUAUAGCUGAAAAAUUUAAUUUAAAUUCAGGAUAUCGCUAUUAAAAAGCAGAAAAAAUACUUUUUUGCAUUGAUUUAGAUAAAAAACAACAAGCUAUCUUUAAUGAAUUUAAGUGCUUAUUUAGUGAAUAUUGUGAAAAAACUAACAAUUAUUAAUAAUUUUUAGAAAUACUGUUAACAUAAUAUUAAAGAGAUUCAAAUAGAAUAUAAAAAAUUAACAACUCAAAAUAAGAGAUAUGUUCUAUUUAUGAAACAAUUAAAUCAUAUUUGAAAGAUUAUAAAAUAAAAUUUAAAGACAUUUAACAUCAUACCAAAAAAUAUUUUCCUGAUAAUUUCCAACAUAAAUAAUAAUUUUAUGAAUGCUAUAAAAAGUUUAUAAAUAAAGAACACAAAUUUCUUUCAUACCUUAAUCCACCAAAUUAAAAAUAGCAAAUUAGUAAAACUUAAUUUAUAUACGUAUUAAGUAAAUUAGAUUUAAUAUACGAAGGAAAGCAAGAAUGUUUGUAUAGGAAUGAUAGUGAGGACAUAGAUAUCUAUCAUAAAUUUACAUUGAAAUAUAAUAUAGAAAGAUUUCUAAAAAUAAUUGAAUCAAAAACAAAAGAUAAUAAAGAUUUUAACAUAGAAGUCAAGAAAGAGGUAAAGGAUUAAGGAUAGUUGUAUGGAAUUGUUGAUUUACUUGUUGGUGAUACUAUUUAUAAAUUUGUUUAUAAUUUUUAAGAAGUUUACCCUAUAUAAAUAGCACACUAAGAUAUUAUUUAGUAGCUAGCAUUUGCUUUAAUUUUGAAUGAGUAAGGAGCUAAAAUAACAUAAAUAAGCUUCUAUAAUAUUAUCGAAGAAGAUAAGAUAGAUUAUUCAAUUCAAAAAUUUAUUGAAAAUCCAGUCAUAUCAAAGGAUUAUUUAGAGUUCUUAAAAUACAAAGCAAGUAGUUUAGAAUAAGAAUUUGUAUAAACAUCAUAUGGUGAGUAAUAAAUAGAGCAACAAUAAAUGCCUAAUCUUAAUUUAGCAAAUGAGAUCAAUAAUUACUAACUUUAGAGUAAUUAAAAUUAAAGUUAACAAAUUUUAUAGUUUUAAGAAUAAUUUGAUAGCAAUAAGGAUUCUUUAAAAGAAAUACAAUAAGAUAAAAGCCCGUUUUAAAUCAAAGAAUAAUAAAAAAAUGAAAUACAUCAAUUAAAUUAAUUCUAAUAUACUAACUAUUAAGAUUUGAACUAAAAAUCUUUUGAUGAUAUUUGUAUCCAAAAUUAGUUUUACUCAUAUUAAGAUAAUACUUUUCAAAAGGAAUCAAAAUAAAAAUCAUUUGAUGAUUAAAUGUUAAAAAAGAAUCAGUAAAUUAAUUUAUUUGAAACUAAAUAUAUGAAUUAAAAUGUUUCAUUAAAUAACUAUGAUUAUAAUAUAGAGUAAAAUUAAAUUUAAUAACAACAUCAAAAUUAAUAAGACCAAAAACGAUAUCCAUUCUAAUUUAUCAAUGAGGGGUCAUAAUUAGAAGAAGAUUAAAAACUUAACAAAUUUCAUUUCUAAUUUUAAAAUGAGUAGAAUAUGUUAAAUAAUUAAAAUUAAACAGUAAAUAAUAAACUUUUGAUUGAAAAUUAAAAUUAAUUAUUUAUUAAAUAAGCUAAAUAAAACUAAUUAUUUUAAAGUGAUACUUAAAAUGAAGAGGAAAAGAUAAUAGAUAAAUUUUAAGAACCAAUACCAUAUACUAACUAUUAUUGCAAGGAAAGUAUGAAUAAUUAAAUAAAAUUAAUAACUUAGACAAACUCUAAUAAUUUUGGAAAUAUACCUAAAUUUUAAAAUUAACAAUCUUUAUUUGAAGAAAGCGACUUCAUUUAAAAUUAAUAAAAAUAGAUUAUUUCUAAAGUCACUGACAAUAAUCCUAAAAGUGAUUUAAAUUAAAAUUUUCCUUAAUAAGCAGGAUAAUUUUUAAAAACUAAUGUGUUAGAGAAUAUUCCAUAAAAUACUUUGGAUAAUAAGCAAUUAGAUUAAAUAGAGAAUAGUAAUUUAUAUUAAAAAUCAAAUAAUUUACAUUUAUUAGCACAUUAAUAAGUAAAUUAGGAUAAAAUAAUAAAAGAAAUUUAAGAAUAGUUAAGUAAACUGAAUCAAUUAGUAAUUAAUAACACUAAGAACAUAAUAGAAAUAUUAUAAUGGUUGUCAUAAGAUAUAAACAAUUUGAAUGAUAAAUCAGUUAAUGAAUAAAUUUAGUAAUUGCAAAUAAGUUUAUCAAAAUAAUUUGUUAAAAUUAAUUAUUAAAAAAUAUAAUUAAUGCUGAUAAUGUAUACUGCAAAUAAAAGCUAUUCAGAUUUUAAAAAGAACGAAUUAAUAUAAUUUUUAGUUGACUUAAUAACGAUAGAAUAAAAUAACAAACCAAUAAAUAAAAAAAAUAUUAAAUUUGCAAAUUAAAUUGAUAGUUAUCCAACAAGUGAUGAAGAUUUAGAUUUAGAUGAAUAAAUAUUAAAAAUAAAACAAGGUUUAGCUAUAGAGAGCCAAAUUGAAUAAUGUAAUGAUUGGUAUGAGAUACGAGGAGACGUUGCUAAAAUUUUAAAAAAAAGAGAUAAGCCAAAUAAGAGAUAAUUUGAACAAACAGAUGAAUCAAUUUAAAAUGAACAAUAAGUUUACAAGUAAUUAAAAUAAUGA